UUUCCCUUUUUGCUCCGCUGUGGCCUAAAGCCGGCGCGCCGCGAUGGCUCCGGCCGUUGACCGGGAGGGUUACUGGGGCCCUCCGACCUCCACCUUGGAGUGGUGCGAGGAGAAUUACGCCGUCUCCUACCACAUCGCCGAGUUCUGGAACACAGUGAGUAACCUGAUUUUCAUUCUACCUCCAAUCUAUGGUGCGAUUCGGACCUAUAAAGAUGGCCUUGAAAAGCGGUAUUUAGCUGCAUAUUUAUGUCUUACAGCUGUGGGAUUGGGAUCUUGGUGCUUCCACAUGACCCUGAAGUAUGAAAUGCAACUGUUGGAUGAGCUGCCAAUGAUAUACAGUUGUUGUGUGUUUGUCUACUGCCUGUACGAAUGUUUCAAGUACAAGAACACAGUCAAUUAUCCAAUGCUUUUCAUUUUAAUAACAUACAGCUUCAUAGUCAGCAUAGUUUACUUAAGAUUGAAACAGCCUGUGUUCCAUCAGAUCAUGUAUGGAACACUAGUUUCUAUUAUAGUUCUGCGAUCUGUUUAUAUAGUAUUAUGGGUAUACCCAUGGCUUAGAGGUCUAGGCUAUACAUCUUUAACUGUAUUUCUGAUGGGAUUCUUCCUCUGGAAUGUGGACAACAUUUUUUGUGAGAAAUUGAGAGCACUACGAGAGAAGAUGCCUCCUGUUUUGGGAGCUGUGACACAGUUUCAUGCGUGGUGGCACAUUCUCACAGGCCUGGGCUCUUAUCUUCAUAUCUUGCUCAGUUUAUACACAAGGACACUUUUCCUGAAACACAGGCCAAAGGUGAAGUUUCUUCUUGGAAUAUGGCCUGUUCUUCUUGUGGAGCCACCCAAGAAGCUUUGACUGAGAGCUAGGCCGUCACGUGCAUCCACUUAGCCUGGCUGAAUAAAGUGAUUCAACACUUACUAUGGCUGGAUUGUCAAAAUUGUGGAUCAGUUCAAGUUCCAUUGCUACAAAAGGACUUCUCUGUGUUACUUGGCCUGCCCGCCAGAACAGAGCAAAGAGUUGGCACAAUAGGAGAAUAAUGCUUAGUACAGCUUUAUUCUAAGUGGUUAAAACAAAGAUUAAGACACAAUAUUUUUAUGUAUAUGUCGUAUAGCUGAUGAUACUGAGCUAAUAUUUCGUGCUGGUCACAGAAAACUAACCAUUUUUGAAGUGGGUUGCUUAAGUUUUUCAUUCAGUCGUUGUUCUUUCUGUGGUGUAAACUAAUAUUAGUAACUGAAUGAUAAAAACAGGUCACUGAUGGCCAAGCUAAGCAUCUGUGUGGACUGUAGUGGACUGAAUGCUUAACCUGAACUACUUUAAUCUUGCACUUUCAUACAAUUAAUGAAGUAUGAAUGAUUGAUUUAGGGCUUUAUUCUACCCUUGCUUCUCUACAGCCUCCUUUGCAAUUGAUAUUUUAAGCAAAAAGGUUGGGAUACAUGUGCCAUUUGGUUAAUUUUGUACCAAGUUUUCACUUUUGCUUUAGCCCAACUGAGGUACAUCAUACAAGAUGUUCCAGGGUGUGACCAAGAGAAGGCAUUUGUGAUAUAUAGGAGCUGUUUGUGUGUGGAAACAAAAUUCCUAAUUUGUUUGACUGGUGAUCCAUCAGGUGGUUUAUAACCACAAGAAACAUGUUAAAAAUCUUUUAUUAUUUACAUGCCUUCUUUUUCUGUUCAUACUUUCCUAAUCCCAUUAUGCCAGCCUUAGCACAGAUUGACAAACACUGUGUAUGUGUGUGCUUGUUCAGCUUUGAAUUCGUGCCUUUCUAUUAUUUUAUGAGUCUUAAAUACUGCUGUGACUUUCAGAAGCAUCUGUUUCAGAAAUAUUGACAAAAGAGUAAAGAACAAGAUUUAUGUUGAGGAUACCCCAAAACAUGCAGCAUUUUGAUUGCUUGCUCUUAAUGUUCCCAUCAUGUGGUUUCUCUGUGGAAAGUUGAAUACCUUUUUAACACCAACCUUUGGCUCUUAACUGGGGACAAACCCUCUGAUUUCUGUGUUUUUUUCCUACCCAGAUGAUCAAAAUUAGUAAGCAUUAAAAAUUAAAAAUAAUAAUAAUAAUAAUAAUAAUUGAACACAGUUUUUCAAAAUAUACCUCAUAUUGGAGGCUCUUGUUUUGUCUGUCCAGAGCUUGGGGUGGCUAAUGUAGUUUGUCUCUAGGCCAUCAAGCUGCCAUGCUAUGCAAUUGUUGAUGCUUUGAGGAAUUUAUCCUUCUUGCCACCAAGGGAAAAGGGAAGUGCUCAGACUGAUGGCAAGUCCUGCUCUGCAUUGAUUUAAAACAUGCCCACAGCAGUGAGGCACGGUAAUGUGACUAUAAAGCUGUCUCUCUGGUUGAAAAAAUCAGACUUAUGUAUAUCUUCUGUGUCCAUUUGUGGCAGCCCUGCUGAUGCAAAGCUCUAAACAAAAUCAUGGCUUUUGGUUAUGGUGACUAAGCCUGGACUCUUGGGAUCCAAACUCUGGACUAGAAAACAAUGCUUAACCUUCAGUGACUCCAGCGAGGUUUAUGCAUGUGCUAAGAGCAGUGCAUUUUGACCUGUAAUCAGUGAACAAGACUUCUGAACAACAUUUUUUAAACAAAUCUGUUGUCAGUAGCCUUUAGUUCUAUAGAGAUGGGGUUGACAUCUGUGCUGGGAAAGGAGGGGUCUCUGAAACGGAAAGAGGUUGGAACUGCUAGCACAGAGGGAGGAAGGUGCUGGUUUGGACCAGACAUCUGUGAUUACCCAGAAGUCCUGUUUUCUUGUAGUGAGAUUUGAGAACCGUACAAAAAGUGUAGCUUGAACAUAAGUGCCUGCCUGUUCCCCUCCUGGCUCUCUCAAGCAUGCUUCUGCACACUGUAUCUUCUUCUCUUAUUGAAUACAUCUGCACGCUUCCAUCUGUUUGGGAAGGGAGUCCUGUAACAGGAGCAGUGCAGGGACUGCAUAUCAACAGUCCUUAGUGACGUUUGCUAGGUAGGGUUUUAUUUUUAAGAAAAAGAACAGAACCUUUAUUUUAGUGGUCUUAUUUUUGUUUCUGGAGGAUGUAGGGGCUCUGCUUUAUUUGCCUGUAAUUACAGGAGCCACAGUAUACGAAAAAGCCACUUUCAUCCUGAUAAAGCAUCUCUAGAAUGGUGUAUUUUAAAGGAAUUUGUACAUUCUCCCACACACUUGCAACAAAGAUGUGUUUCCAUUCAGACCCUGUUGAAUUAAUUUGUCAAGAUUAAAAAGAUAUUAGCUCUUACCUUAAUUUUAAGCUGCUGUUAUCUUUUUUAUUCAUAUCAUUUAUCAGCAGUGUUUUUUGUCUUAAAAACUUAGGUUGUGUUCUUCCUUCAUUCCAAAUAAACGUGAGCGACCCUCCUGGUGACCUUUCAGGUUGUGCUGGACCCUGAUGAAUGUAAUUUAUAUAUAUAUAUAUAUAUUCUAAGCAUAAAUAAUCUAACUUUAUAGUUGCUUUGGGUUGACUGCCUUACUGAUCUUGUAAGUGAUAAUGAAAAUGGGAAGCCAGUCUUAACUUUAUUUCUAAAAUUCUAAUGUUUUCUAGUGCCUGGAAAGACAUACAUCUUUACUCCUGUAAUUUGGUAGAUGUCUGUUAAAACUGAUUUCUAUUUAUUUUGCUUGUAUGAUGUGCUGAUUUUUCUGCAGUCCCUAGAGCAGCAUACCCCAAACUUUUGUUGCAGUACAUCUUACAAGGUGGGUCAUCUUUGAUCCUCCUUUUUGAGUAGGAUUCAGACAGCAGCUACUUUGAAGGCAAUUACAGAAAUAGCAGGUGUCCUUUAAUAUGAAUCCUACAGUAUGUGUUAGACAGACAUAAAAAUAAUGAAGAGCCCUUUUAUUCUUUAACAUCUAUGAAGAACCAGGAAAUGUGUCACCUUGAGCCCAUCAGCUUGGCACAGAUCAGGAGCGAGUGGUUAUGCAGGCUGUAGAUGAAGAAUUUUUCCUUGGAAAGCAGUAGAAAAAUGUCAGAAUGACUCUCUCAGAACAAAACAACACCACACCACGCCAGGAAUCAAGAUUUUCUGGAUCCUUAAGACUCACAUUGUCAACUGAAGAUGAGACAUGAUAAACAGAAACGCACCAUCGAGAGGGAUCUUGUCUGUGUUUUGAAGGCAGUGUUUGAAGCUGACUCGCAGUAUUAGUUAUCUCCAGACUCCUUUCUAAUGCUUUUCCUUUCAGCACAAGGAAGGUGUGCUACCAGCAAGUGUUUAGAAGACUACCCCAGAGUCAAGGUUGGAAUAUGCAGUCUGUCACUUGGCGAUCUACCUCUGUCAUGUAUUACACAGUGCCUGUGCCCUUAAUGAUGCCUGCCUGAAAAUGCAGGUGUCAGAGCAGUCUGCAGCCCCCAAGCUUUGCAGUGGCACCAUAUGUGUCUGUGGCUGACUGUUCUCUCUACAUAAACGUCCACAUUCGUUUGGUGUCUGUCAGACUUUCUGGUCAUGCCCCGUCUGCUGAUCCUCUGAACACAGGAGUUUGAUUUAGAUAGAGAUGUGAGUAGGAGGACUUAAUAACUGAACUGAAACCUUUUUUUGGCAGUGUAUUAAGUGACAUUUAAUGUUUAGAUAUGGCGUACAAUUAAUUUGAUGUGACCGUGGCAGAGAUGUGGUAGGAGAUAUUGUCCUGUAAUUAGUUUUAAUUCUCUUCUAACACUGAUGCUGUGUUCAUCCUUGGCCCUGCUUUGUUUGCCUGAAGGGGACCGUAUGAUUUGAAGUGCAGUUAAUUCUUUUGGCUGAGUACAUUUGCUUCCAGCACUUGAUUUCUAACAGAAUGAAUUUUUCUGCUAACUCAUCCACCUGAAACUCAUAAGAACACAAAAUCCUCCAAGUAUCACUCGCGUAUCACUCGUGUUUCCCAGACUCACCACCACAUUGUUUAGUUUUUGCAUUCAAGAAUUUCAUUAAUACCACUUCUGAAACCAGUUUCACCCUGUGGAUAUUUAUUUUUUUGGCAUCUGAUAGCAGGUGGUGAAAUAAAUCACUGUGAUGUUUGGUAGUGGAAGAGGAGCUGUAACAAAGCAGCACUGCUGUUUUCUUCAGUAGACCUGAGGAUCCAAGAACACAUUCAUUUUGAUGGGGCUCCCAUGGUUGUAAUGGACAUUUUUGGGUAAAACAGUUGCUUUGCUUUACAGAAACAUGCUCUCCCCAUCUGCGCUUUAUAAGGAGGCAGUAAGAGGCUUUAAAUGCAAACUACUGAUUGACUGUGAGCCUUCAUUGUUUAUCUCUUUUCAUAAUAAAGUCUUUAUUGCCCACGAGAAGCAAGAGGCAGAAGGAGAUUAAGAAAUUUGACAUGGAAAGAGAAUAAUGAAAGAUUAAGCACAGAAUCCCACGGUAUUACAUCAGCCGCCUUCUUUAUAACAGCACUUUGGAUUUUUGUAUAGCAAUCUCGAGGGUUUUGAUGUUUAUACACUUAACUUCUCCUGCUGGCUCUGCCAUAGAGGUGAUGUAAUGUGUUACGUGUGGUUCAUUAUGAAUUAUCCAGCUGUUGCUCUCUGAGGAUGGAAGCUGACAUGGAUUGUUUCAUACACAAGUGAAAAUGCUUUUCGCGUACCAGGAACAUCUUCUGCCAGCUUUCCUUGAGAGUCCAUGAUAAAACUACAGAGGAUUUACUGUACAGCUGUUAAGAUUGUUUGGAGGUUGGUCUUUCCCAUGUCUCACCCACAGCUGCCUACUGCAGCCAAGUGCCUGACCUGUUGCAAGUCUUUUCUGAGAGCUGAAGCUGUCUUUUUCCUUGAGGUCCACAGAAGGUCCUUGUUAGGUGGAAAUGGGCCUUGGUUUAUGUUAAAAAUCCUUCUAAUGCAUAAGUCAGGGCACUUCUCGUGGCUGUUCUGUAGAAAUACAGUUACCCAGCAUGCAGCUGCCUCUCAGCUGAAACUCGUGCCUGGCUACCCCACGUCCCUGAUGCUGUUGGAUCCUUGGAUCCUCUCAUGUUUGUAAAGAUGGAUGAGGACUUUAGCCCCAUAACUGCUGUUUAUUGUAGCAUGUGUAGUGCAGUGAUGGGCAGUGAGAAGGCACAGCAGUCAAGCAAGCACUUUAUGCAGAGUCCCAUUUUGUUUCUGGAGCUCCUGGAUCUGUUGAUGUGAUUUUGGAGGCAGGAUUGUUGCCCGAAUCUCUCACUUAGGAUCUCUAUUUGUACUUGCUGAAGUAUCCAGUCUCAACAAGAUGAGAAUCCAGCUAAUGCAAGACCCUAAACCAGUGCCUGUAAAAUGUUUCACUCAAGUUGAGUAUAUGCAUCUGCCUGAUGCUGACGGCAGAUGACUGAGAUUUUACAAAUGCAAAGAUAAAGGGUCUUCCUUGAUUUUGUUUAUUUAUUUUUAUUUUUUUUGGUCCUUCAUCACCAGAACACAGGAAUAGCUGGAAGAACAAUCUCAGAUUCACUCUUCUUUCUGUGGAACAACAUACACCUGUUCCUCAAAUGCCAGUAUUGAAUAAAGAUGGGUUUUCCCACAUGCCCGUAGCAACCCCUAUACCAAAACGUUUCCUAAAUUAGAGCCUUGGUCAGUCACUGCAGAGGAACGUACUGUUGCUCCCUGGAUUUUGGAAGAGAGCUUCAAGCAGCGUGAACAGUGGUCACUCCUUAGACAGAACAGGGAUGGAUUUUUCUGUUAAUCUCCCAAACUGACAUUGUCUGUGUGAUGUUGACUAUUAAACUGAGCUGAAUGCACUGAUGAUGCCUCGUUUACUGUCUUAGCAAAUAACAUCUGUCCACCUGUACUGGGUGUGAAAAACACCACGUGUUACGUGACCAAACUUUUUAACACUGACACUAUUGGUUCUAAUGUAGUAUUUUGGGUUUAUUUUUUCUGAAAUUCAGCAUAUUGUUACAGAUAUAUAAAUACACUGUGAUGGACGAAUGGCAGUUGACUUGUAAAACAGCUGCUUUGAGCAGUGUUUAUUGACAAUUUUGAUAAUACUGAAAUGAUUCUUUGUACCAGACCUGCUGGUAACUAACAUUAGGCUUCUGUGUAUCAGCCUAUCUUGUUUUGCGAGCACCAUAGCUUUGAGAUAUUUAAUGCAUUUUGUUUGUUAUUCAUGUUGUGGUCAGGCACUAAUUUGUGUCUUAGUUCAAAU